AUGUCCAAAAGAAAGUCUCCAGAGAAUACAGAGGGCAAGGCCAAACCAAUUGAACAGGAGACCACCAGACAGUCUGCCAGAUUGUCAGCGAAACCCGCUCCACCAAAAGCUGAACCUGAACCAAGAAAAACAUCUGCGAACAAAGAACCUGGCACAAAGACUAACAAAGGUACUAAAAGGAAAGAGGGAGAGCAAGAAGCUGGAAAGGAAGAUACCGCACCAUUUCCAAAUGGUGAAACUAAAGCUGAAAAGUUGCGGGAAGUUGAACCUGUAGAUCACAGGGUAGGCUGA